AUGAUGUUUCGAAUCCUCCCGCGAGCGCCUCAGCUCUGCCACCGAGGCUAUCUGCCGAGAGGCCAGAGGCAGCAGCAAUGGCAAUCCCGAAAUACCCUCAAGUCUUUACGAACCUUCACCUCCUCAUCCAGUCUACGCGACCAGCCUACCCAAAAUCCGAAGCCUGCUGCGAGCGGACCAACGACGCCAAUAACUGCCAAAGAUGCAGCUGCCGCCAUCUCUAAAUCUACGCCGAAAGCCUCGAAGGACCCUCUUGCAGCCAUCGACAAGUCAACGCAAGAGCAGCGAAAGGCUGAUUGGGCAAUAAUGAAGGAGAUGUCGCGCUACCUUUGGCCGAAGAAUGAUAUAAGCACGAAGAUGCGCGUGGGUUUGGCGUUGUCAUUGCUGGUCGGCGGCAAGAUCAUGAACGUCCAGGUGCCCUUCUACUUCAAGAGCAUCGUGGACGCGAUGAACAUCGAUAUCGGGGCUACGGGUGGCACGGCGGCGACCAUUGCUGGGACCAUGAUCUUUGCCUACGGUGCAACUCGGGUAGGUGCCACAGUCUUCCAGGAGCUGCGCAAUGCCGUUUUCGCUUCGGUCGCGCAGAAGGCCAUCCGCAGUGUUGCGCGAAACGUGUUUGACCACCUCUUGCGAUUGGACCUGGCUUUCCACCUCUCCAAGCAGACUGGCGGUCUGACCAGGGCACUGGACCGCGGUACCAAGGGCAUCAGCUUCUUGCUGACCAGCAUGGUCUUCCACAUCCUGCCUACAGCACUGGAGAUCACCAUGGUCUGCGGUAUCCUUACGUACCAGUAUGGCGGCCAAUUUGCAGCGAUAACGGCGCUGACCAUGUCAACAUACGCCGCCUUUACCAUUUGGACGACGGCAUGGAGGACAAAGUUCAGGCGGCAGGCCAAUGCGGCCGACAACAAAGCUUCUACAGUCGCGGUCGACUCCUUGAUCAAUUACGAGGCUGUCAAGUACUUCAACAACGAAAAGUUCGAGAUUGCUCGGUACGACUCUGCGCUCAAGCAGUACGAGAAGAGCUCCAUCAAGAUUGCCACCUCUCUGGCAUUCCUCAACAGCGGUCAGAACAUCAUCUUCUCCUCGGCACUGACCGCGAUGAUGUAUCUCGGCUCCAAGGGCAUUGCUGCUGGUGAGUUGACUGUUGGAGACCUGGUCAUGAUCAACCAGCUGGUCUUCCAACUGUCAGUCCCUCUGAACUUCUUGGGCUCUGUCUAUCGCGAGCUGAGGCAGUCCCUCCUCGACAUGGAGACGCUUUUCAACCUCCAGAAGGUCAAUGUCUCCAUCAAGGAGGCGCCCAAUGCCAAGCCUCUCGCCUUGACCAAGGGCGGUGAGAUCAAAUUCGAGAAUGUCACCUUCGGUUACACCGCAGACCGUCCCAUCCUCCGUAAUUUGACCGUGACCAUCCCUGCGGGGAAGAAGGUCGCUAUCGUCGGCCCCAGUGGCUGUGGAAAGUCGACUUUGCUACGCCUCCUGUUCAGGUAUUACGACGUCGCCUCCGGUCGCAUCUUGAUUGACGACCAGGACGUGCGCCAGGUGCAGAUCGAGUCGCUGCGCAAGAGCAUUGGCGUCGUGCCCCAGGACACGCCCCUCUUCAACGACACGGUGGAGCACAACAUCCGCUACGGCGACAUGUCGGCGCCGCACGAGCGCGUGAUCGCCGCCGCCCGGCGCGCGCGGAUCCACGACAUCAUCUCCUCGUGGAAGGAGGGCUACCAGACCAAGGUCGGCGAGCGGGGCCUGAUGAUCUCGGGCGGCGAGAAGCAGCGCCUGGCUGUCUCGCGCCUGCUGGUCAAGGACCCGCCCUUGCUCUUCUUCGACGAGGCCACGAGCGCGCUCGACACGCACACCGAGCAGGCGCUCAUGCAGAACAUCAACUCCAUCCUGCGGGAGAAGGCCCGGACGAGCGUGUUCGUGGCGCACAGGCUCAGGACCAUCUACGACGCAGACCUGAUCAUUGUGCUCAAGGAGGGCCGUGUGGCGGAGCAGGGCACGCACCAGGAGCUGAUUGACCAUGGAGGGCUGUACUCUGAGCUUUGGAGCGCCCAGGAGACGUUGUUCCACAACGGUGUAUCCGAGAGGGAGGUGCUUGUGGACGAUGCAGAUGAUGGCCAUGUUGAGCAAAAGCAUCACAAAUAG